CAAGUUUGCCCGGAAGUGUGUUGAGCAUCGUCUAUGGUUCUGGUUCUGAAGGGAACCCGUCGUUAGUUUUUUGAAGCUUCUACUUUAUCAGUGGUUAUGAUUUAUUUCUUACUUUUGUGUUGUUGUUUUUUUUAGUCAAAAAGUUGUUUUUGUUGAGCUGUAGAGAUAUUCUGAAGUGGAACUUCGCGUAAACUGCUUCUGGUUCAACACUCCUGGAACUGAUGAUGCUAAAUAGCUGCAGAUGCUCACAAUGAAUUUUCACACGCUGUCGCUUCGAGCCGUGCUCUUCCUGGGCCUUUAUCACUCCGGCAGGAGAAGUCUGACCUCGGCUUCUGGUCUGCAAGAGCCGCAGCCCCAUAAAAUAGCUGUGGUUGGAGCAGGUAUUGGUGGAACAGCAGCUGCGUAUUUUCUGAGGCAGGAGUUUGGACCUGCAGUCCAGAUUGAUGUGUUUGAACCCGGCACUGUGGGAGGGCGACUGGCGACAGCAAAGAUAGGGGGCCAUGAGUAUGAGACUGGAGGGGCAGUGAUUCAUCCUCUGAACCUACACAUGAAGCACUUCAUUGAAAAAUUAGGUAUUCCCCCAAGAAAUGACGUCCCCUCUAAAAUGGCCAUCUUCGAUGGAAAAGAGCUCGUGUUUGAACAGAGUGACUGGUUUAUCGUGAACUUUUUCCAAAUGCUCUGGCGCUACGGAUUCAGUUUCCUUCGAAUGCAGAUGUGGGUGGAGAGUGUUUUGGACAAAUUCAUGAGAAUCUACCAGUAUCAGCAGUUUGGCUAUGCGUUCACCAACGUGGAGAGGCUCUUACACGCCAUGGGGGGCGAUGGCUUCCUCACUCUAAUGAAUCAGACUCUGGAGGAGGCCAUGAUGGGAGAAGGCUUUUCUCAGGUCUUCAUUAAUGAUAUUGUUGCACCCAUUACUCGCGUCAACUAUGGCCAAAGUGUUCGCAUCAACGGUUUUGUGGGGGCAGUGUCGCUAGCAGGAGCGGACUCGGGCCUGUGGGCUGUAGAUGGUGGCAAUAAGCGAGUGUGCACAGGACUGAUUUACAACAGCAAGAGUGAGCUGAUCCACGCCAAAGUCACUUCAGUUACAAUGAAGAGUCGACCAUCCAAGAGAGGAAACGCCGUCAAUCUCUAUGAGGUUAAUUAUGUUGGAGAAUCGGGCUCGGCGCACUCUCUGUAUGACAUUGUGGUCAUAGCAACACCGCUUCAUCAGGGAAAAUCAGACAUCACGUUCUCAGGGUUCUGCCCUCCCAUCCCGUCUCACUAUCCGGGUCUGUACCACCAGACUGUCACCACUUUGGUCCACGGCAAGCUGAACAUGUCCUACCUGGGAACCACAGAGCCGGCCUCGAAGUUCACGGUGUCGGACAUCCUCACCACCGAUUCCAAGUACUGCGACAUCAACAGCCUGAGCUCACUGGACCCCGUCACCAUUCCUGGUGGUUACAAACGACCACGUGCCAGUCACACCACAGUCUGGAAGGUGUUCUCACCUCAACCCCUGACCCAGGACCAGCUGCAGAGGAUCUUCCUCUCUUACGAUUCAGUGUCCGAGACUCCGUGGCUGGCUUACCCCGCGUACCGUCCGCCACACAGAAAGACCCCUCCUUUCAUCCUGCACGACCGACUGUACUACCUCAACGCGGUGGAGUGGGCGGCUAGUGCCAUGGAGAUGAGCGCCAUCGCGGCCAGGAACGUGGCCCUGCUAGCACACCACCGCUGGCACCAGCAGCCCGGGAAGAUCGACCAAGAAGAUCUGCACACACGACUGAGAGGAGAACUUUGAGAAGAAUGAGAAAAUGCCACUUGAACACCAGCAGUAGCGUGGCAAAAUUGGAUACUUGUGUUGUGCUGAAAAAGAAAAGAAACACUGUGAAUCAAACUGCACUGAAGGGUGGACACUAGAGUCUCCCUGUUUCUUUCUACAACUGUUAGUUGUGAGGAACACCUUUUACAUUUUUGGCUCAUCCAAUCAGCUUUUCUUAACCUUUAGCCAAACGUUGCCCCUUCACACCAGAAGCUUCCUUUGUUCAUGUACUUAAAAUGUUUUAGUAAAGUCCCCUCUCUCUACCUCUUCAGCAGACUGAAGAUUAUAUUUAGAGUUCAGACAUUGAACAGCCAGAAUAAGAGAUAGUAUUCUUGAUGAUUCCGUUUUGAGCCUGUUUAUUUUAUUUGAACAUAACUGUAAUUAGACAGGGAAAUGUUAAAAAGCAAUCUGUUGUGAAAUUCAUCUUUAAAAAAUGCCUGUGCCUUAAAAAAUCGUGAUUUAUGUGUUUAUGAAAUAAUUAAAGUCACCUUUGAAGAAAGAUGCUGUAAAAGUUCGACAACUAAGGUGUUUUUCUGCAGGGUGUUGAGAAUAAUUCAAAGUAUUUUGAAACCAUGAGUGAUGGGUUAUUUGUUUUAUUAUUUUACGUUCUUCUGGUGCAAAAUUCUAGUUUAAUGAUUUUUAAAUGAUUCCAUUUAGAAAUGAUUUUUAUAUUUUUCAUUUUCUUCAAAAAGUGACAAAACAUUCAUUGUGCACUUUACCCAGAUUUCAGUUUCACGCCUUCCUGUGUUUAAAGGUGUUUACCAUCACAAUACAUUAAAGAAAACUUGAUCGAUG